AUGGCUUCUGGCUCUUCCAAUUUCAUCGACCACGAAGAAGAGGAAGCCGACGCAGCAAUCACCUCGUUCAUUGAAAGCAAUUCCAGAAUCCCGGUAACUCCUUCUUGUGGAAAACUUGCCUGCCCUGUCGUGGUCCCUCAACGACGACCCGGAAACAAAGAGCGAGGUUUCAUGAAGGCAUAUGCUCCAAUAUUAUCGCAAUGUGGCAUUAGCCAAGAACACUUUCAUGACUUCAUCAACGCUCUGAAUAAAGCAGUCCAGGCCUCUAAAUGGAUUGCUGCGGUGCAAAUUGCAGCAUUUGGGGCUUCGUUCGUGCCAAAUCAAAUCUCUAUGGGCGCGACAGCUGCAGUGCAGAUAGUAUCUGCAGUCGCAGCAAAGGCACAAAUUAGAUGGAAGUAG